AUGGCAUCUAAGGACAGGGAAAUUCUUCCAGAUGCAGCCAAACCGCUUCAUUAUAAUAUUUCUCUCUUUGACUUACAGCUUGGUGGCUCCUGGGGUUACAAGGGUAUCCUUAAGAUAGAUACAAAAAUUACCCGCCCAACGGCGGAAAUCGUGCUGAAUUCAAAGGAAAUUGAGGUUCAAGAUGCCGAGAUAUUUGGGACCGAUGGAACUAAAUUGACCAAGGCUUCCGAGAUAACCUAUGACAAGAAAUCAGAGCGAGUGGCUUUUAAGUUCCCGCAAGAAAUCACACCCUCGGAUACCAUACUCUCUAUCAGCUUCACUGGGACUAUGAACAAUGCUAUGACGGGAUUCUACCGGUCAAAGUAUAAGCCUGUGGCAGAGCCAUCUCCGGACACCCCCAAGGAGGGCGACUUCCACUACAUGCUGAGUACCCAAUUCGAGUCCUGUGACGCACGGAGAGCUUUCCCAUGUUUCGACGAGCCGAAUCUGAAAGCUACAUUUGACUUCGAGAUUGAAGUCCCCCAAGGACAAACUGCGCUUAGCAACAUGCCUAUCAAGUCCGAAAGGCAGGGAAGCGAACCAGGUCUCAAAUUUGUAUCGUUUGAGAGAACUCCAGUGAUGAGUACUUAUCUUCUUGCGUGGGCGGUUGGUGACUUCGAUUAUGUUGAGGCAAUGACACAGCGCAAGUACAAGGGCAAGAGUAUUCCCGUUCGUGUGUACACCACGAAAGGUCUCAAAGAACAAGCGCGCUUUGCCUUAGAAUGUGCUCAUCGCACAGUCGACUACUUCUCGGAGGUUUUUGAAGUCGAGUAUCCCCUGCCCAAGGCAGAUUUACUUGCCGUUCAUGAAUUUGCUAUGGGUGCUAUGGAGAAUUGGGGUCUUGUAACGUACCGGACAACCGCUGUCUUGUUUGACGAGGGCAAAUCGGAUACCAGAUAUAAGAAUCGCAUCGCGUAUGUUGUCGCACAUGAACUGGCCCAUCAAUGGUUUGGCAAUCUUGUGACGAUGGAUUGGUGGAACGAACUUUGGCUGAAUGAGGGUUUCGCAACCUGGGUCGGUUGGCUUGCUGUUGAUCAUUUCUAUCCUGAAUGGGAUAUAUGGUCUCAGUUUGUUGCUGAAGGUGUCCAACAAGCGUUCCAGCUCGACUCGUUGCGAGCAUCUCAUCCUAUUGAAGUACCAGUCAAAAAUGCUCUAGAGGUUGACCAGAUUUUCGACCAUAUAAGCUAUCUCAAGGGAAGCUCGGUGAUUCGCAUGCUGAGUGAUCAUCUUGGUCGUGAAACAUUCCUCCGCGGUGUGGCUCAGUACCUGAAAACCCAUGCUUAUGGAAAUGCCACUACAAAUGAUCUUUGGUCAGCUCUCAGCAAAGCUUCGAACCAGGACGUCAAUAGUUUCAUGGAUCCCUGGAUUCGAAAAAUCGGCUUUCCGGUCGUUACUGUUGCGGAGGAGCCUGGGCAAAUCAGCAUUCGCCAAAAUAGGUUCUUAUCAACAGGAGAUGCAAAACCCGAAGAGGAUGAAACAACUUGGUGGAUCCCACUAGGCAUAAAACCAGGCACGAAUAAAAGAGAAGUCAACUCGCGUGCACUCGUCUCAAAAUCUGAUACUGUCAGCGGUGUCGGCCAGGAUUCUUUCUACAAGAUUAAUAAGGAUUUCUCAGGUUUCUAUCGGACUAACUACCCCGCUGAUCGCUUAGCGAAACUUGGCCAAUCCCUUGAUUUGUUGAGUACCGAGGAUAAGAUUGGUCUUAUUGGAGACGCUGCUGCUCUUGCUGUGUCCGGUGAAGGAACAUCCGCUGCAUUAUUGGCUCUUUUGGAGGGUUUCAAGGGCGAACAGAAUUAUUUGGUUUGGUCUCAGAUUUCUUCGUCCGUUGCAAAUCUACGCUCCGUCUUUUCUAAAAGCGAAUCGGUGGCUGCUAGUCUGAAGAAGUUUACCCGCGAAUUGGCAGGUCCCGCUGCUGAGAAGAUCGGCUGGGAGUUUAAACCUGAUGAGGGUUAUCUUAAUGUGCAGCUUCGAAAGCUAUUGAUUUCAAUGGCUGGCGUUGCAGGCCAUGAGAGGCAAGUUUAUCCCCGCUAUUCAUACAAUAUCAUAAUCUCCGAAGCCAAACGACGCUUCGAGCUGUGGGCUACUGGCAAAGAUAAAUCUGCCGUACAUACCAACCUGCGUUCGGCAAUUUUUGGAAUCGCUAUUUCGGAAGGUGGUCGCAAGGAGUACGACGCUGUCAAAGAGGAAUAUCUCAAGACUGAUUCUGUUGAUGGCAAGGAGAUAUGCUUGGCCGCCCUUGGCCGCACCAAAGAUGCUGGUCUUGUGAAUGAAUAUCUGGAUUUUGUCUUUUCAGACAAAGUGGCCAUACAGGAUACGCACACCGGUGCAGUCUCCCUGGCUGCAAACUCCACGGUUCGACAUCUCCUGUGGGAAUAUCUUAAGAACAACUGGAGUACCGUUGAGGCUCGAUUGUCUACAAACAAUGUGGUCUUCGAGCGUUUCGUGCGAAUGGGUCUUUCGAAGUUCGCUGACCAGCAGGUUGGGGUUGAGAUCGCUUCAUUUUUCCAGGGCAGGGACACAAGUGCUUAUGACCGCGCGCUGGUUAUCGUGUCGGAUUGCAUCCGGACCAAUGCACGUUAUAAGGAACGGGACGAGAAGCUGGUUCUGGCAUGGCUUCAAGCUCACGGCUACGCUUGA